AUGUUUCCGGUUGUAAAACGAUUCCGCAGUGGACACAAUCCUCUCGAAGUAGAAUGCUCGAACUUCGGCCGUGUGGUUGGCACGUCCACGGGCCACUUUGCAUUCUGCCACAUUCACGCUUUUGCGCAGGAUAGCUUGGAGAGUAAUCUCCGUGAGCACCGCAUCAAGUGCCAAGCCACCUGCGAAUUCCUGCGACAAGGCAGCAGCGCGCCACGGAGACAGCGGCGCAUCGACACGAAGCUGGACGACAUGUGCACGCGGGACGGCAUCCAGGGGAUCCGGCGCUACAUCAGGCAGCUGAACGGGACUGAUGGAGCCGUGAAGGCCGAGUACUCGACAGAUCGGCUUCCACAGCUACAGAGGCGCGGGCCGCAGAUGAAGAACCCCCCACGGGGCUCUGAGGAGGGCCGGGACGUGUCGGCGGUGUACGCCGCCAUGGCGGCGAAGCGGAAGAGGAUCCCCCAGGCGCCCAAGUGCCUGCUGCCAGUGCCUCCCACCGGAGAUGAUGAGUGGCCGAAGGAGGACUGCGUCGCGCUGGAUUUGCGGAACAUGAACCUCACGGACGACGAGGACGGCUAUGGCUCGCGCCGGCGCGAGGGCGAGCGCAGCCGCUCCCCCAGGAAAUUCGACAGCAGGAAGAUCUCUUCGGCGCUCUGCGCCAUGGCGCGCUAUCCGCGCAACCGCCCGGAGGGCCUGGUGGUGGACGAGAAUGGGAGGCUCUCCUUGGAUUCCUUGAUGACUUCCUGGGCACAGGAGCGAGGUCUGAGCAGGAAGGACGUGUGCGAGGCCGUGACGAAGCACAUGUGGCAAGAUGAGAGGGAGCAGAAGCUAAGGUACACCAUGGAGGAAGAGAAUGGGGAGGUAUUCAUCCGUGUCCAUCCUCGCCAGGAGAGAGGUUGGCGCGAGAGGGGCGACCGAGGCGACCGAGGCGACCGAGGCGAUCGAGGCGACCGAGGCGACCGAGGCUGGCGAUCAAAGCCUUCCAGACAUGGACGGCGUGAUCGUCACGACGCGAUCACGGAUGACGAAGAGGGUCCAGGUGCUAAGGCUGAGCCAGAGGACGAUGCCGGCUGGCCUCGCAUGGACAUGGAUGGCGUCAAGACGGAGGAGGACACGGAAGCCAGCGCCUGGGCGCACUUGUCCGCCCUGAGCAACAAGUUCAUGGAGAAGGAGGCCUCCGUCGCGCCGGCGCCGGCGACCUUUGGCAAGGGUGGGCCCGGCUGGGCGAAGACGGAGCCGGAGGAGGAGGUGGACCAAGUGGAGUGGUGGGGCGGCAAGGGCUGGAAGGGCAAGCACUUCACCUGGGCCAAGCAGGAGUCCACUGCCGUGUGA